AUGUCGGACUCGGCUGAGCCCGUGCGAACACUGAAAUGUGUCUUGGUGGGAGAUGCUGCAGUGGGAAAAACGUCCUUAAUAGUGUCCUACACAACAAACGGCUAUCCUCAACAAUAUGUUCCUACUGCAUUCGACAAUUAUUCAGGUACAUUAUUGAAGAAUCUUUGUAUGUUUCUAUUAGGACUUCUUCAUUCUGCUCAAACUCCAUUUCUUUCAAUCAAAGCUCUAAUUUCAGUAGUUGUACGGGUUGACAAAAAGCCGAUUCGACUACAGCUAUGUGAUACAGCAGGACAGGCAAAAGAAUAUGACUGUGCAUGGACUUUACCUUCGCUUCCUGAACCCAUGCUUUAUUUUAUCUGUGAAAAUGCGAACCUUAUAUGUGCACAAUCAGUUUACACAUGCACAAUUAAUUAA